GGGAGUACUCAGUAUUGUUUUGCCGAUUUUGGCACUAAGAUAUAAAUAAGUAAUAUAAUUUUAUUUAUUUAUUCAUAAAGUAGUUAGUGCAGUUUGUGUUUGUUAAUAAAUUGUUUUAAUUCUUUUUGAAUAAUGAAGACUGUCUUAGCCCCCUGGGUCAUAUUAUUAUUUUACGCCUGUACCACAUCAGCACAAGAAAGAUCAUGGUCAUGGAACGAUCAAAACAAAAACAACCAGCCUCUUACAGACGAAUCCAUCGACUUAACACCAGCAGAAAGCGUGAAUGUACAACAAAGCAGUCAACUGAACAGCACUGAUGCAGAAAAGGUUAUCGAGGACAUUCUAGUGUCCACUAGACAAGGUCGAGCCCUCCAAGGCUACGACGAGGUCUACAGCGACCCAAACGUCCAGGAAGUGCUCCAAAAAGGUGAUGAAGGCGAAGCCAGGAACAUCAUCAAAGACAGGUUAUGUUACCUGGGCCUCGUGCAAUGCGACGAGGAAAUCGAAGGUAAAAGACCCUACAUCACGCCGGAAGAACUCAUCUACGCCCAGCCAGUCGCCAUCAACCCUGUAGGUCGUCCUAUCCCCACCAUUCCAGUCAAGGGUGUCAAAGGAGGGUAUGGUCCACCUAAACCAGUUGGUAUUCCUCAUGGUACGAAAUUUGGUCCUCCGCCACAAGGUUUGGGACAGUACCCUGGAGGCAAGUACCCCCCUCCUGGAUUUUCGGUGAAUAAACCUCCUAGAAGAGGUUAUGGACCUGUACCUGGUGUUAACAAUUUGGGAGGCAGCAAACCUCCAUACUAUGGUGGCAUUGGAGGUCCUGUGAAUAAACCUCCAUUUUUAGCGGAUGGAGAAAUUCUUGCAGAAGGUGAAUUUUUGGACAAGCCUCCCAGUUUGGACUACUUCAACAAACCAGGAAGUACCGGUUCUCUAUCAGGUGCACCGUACCAGUUUGACUCAAUAGCACAUGCCAGUGCUAGCUCGCACAAAGAUAAAAGAGUUGAAAUUACCGUUAAUGCUCAAGGAGGUCUGGCCAACUCUGGCAACAAGGGUCAGGUUGAGCACGUGCAUCAUCACUAUCAUCACAACGCCGACGGACUCAACAAAGCUCCUACUGUUGUAGUUAACCCGAUUCCUGUAGCAGCAGCCGCCGUUUCAACAUCACUGAACUCUCUCAACCAAGCAAGCGCCUUCUCGUCAAGCUCAUCCGCCUUGAACACCAACGGGUUCAUUCCAACUGGAACAGGCAGUCUUCCACUGGGAUCCAGUGGAUCCAGUUUCGGUCCAACUAUCGGUGGACUUAGCUCAGCAUCGUACGGAGGACAAACUUUGGCAAAUUACGGAUCCUCGUCAGGUUUCAGCAGUGCUGUCAAGCCCAUUACCGAAAAUUACGGUUCUGGACCCUCUUUUGGAUCUUCCGGAGGUCUGGGUUCAUUUGGAUCUUCUUCCUCCUUUGGAACAGGGUCGAACUACUACGAUAACGGACUUUACAAGAAAGAACUGAACGUGAACUCGGGAAACAGCAACUAUCUACAGUCGAAUUAUGCAGAUAAAUAUUUGGGUGUCGAAUCAGCCAGAGCUGAAAACUACGAUUGCGUCUGCGUACCGUACGACCAGUGUCCCACCCAUGACGUCAUCGGUAGAAAAGACGACUUGUUCCUGGCUCUGGAUCCUAGAAACCUCAAGACUGACAUCGAAGCUGUGGCGGAUAACGAAGAAACCAGAGUUAUCACUGAUGGAAAUGGCAACAUGACUGUUAUAAGAGUACCCAAAGAAGCUACUAGCAAUGCCACUGAAGAUACUAGUGAAGAAGAAAAGAAGAUAUCCAAAAGAGAAGCACCAUUAGAAAAAAAUACAGAAGAAAAAGAAGAAAAAGAUCACAAUAUCGAAGGGCGUCAAGCCUACUACGGUAGGCCACAAACCUGCGGACCAAGGCACGUGUGCUGUCGUAGACAGGCUUACAGACCGUCCGCACCAACAGCCAACAGGAACCAGUGCGGUACCAGGCAUUCCCAGGGCAUUAAUGGUCGUAUCAAGAACCCAGUGUACGUGGACGGAGACUCUGAAUUCGGCGAGUACCCAUGGCAGGUGGCCAUCUUGAAAAAAGACCCCAAAGAAAGUGUUUACGUAUGCGGUGGUACCCUGAUCGACCCGUUGCACAUUAUUACUGCAGCACAUUGUGUCAAACAAUACACAAACUUUGACUUGAGAGUACGUCUUGGCGAAUGGGAUGUCAACCAUGACGUAGAGUUCUACCCCUACAUUGAACGUGACAUUGCGGCGUUGACAGUUCAUCCAGAAUUCUACGCUGGAACUCUCUACAACGAUAUCGCUAUUCUCAGGAUGAACACGCCAGUAGACUGGACCAAACAUCCUCAUAUUUCACCGGCAUGCCUGCCACAUCCACAAGACGACUACACCGGAUCCAGAUGCUGGACCACCGGUUGGGGCAAAGACGCCUUCGGCGACUUUGGCAAGUAUCAGAACAUCCUCAAGGAAGUGGACGUACCGAUCGUGAACUUCGGCCAGUGCCAGCGACAGCUCCAAAGCACCAGGCUAGGCUACGAGUUCAAACUUCACCCGGGAUUCAUCUGCGCAGGCGGUGAAGAAGGUAAAGACGCCUGCAAAGGUGACGGAGGUGGCCCCAUGGUCUGCGAGAGGGGAGGUACCUGGCAAAUUGUAGGCGUGGUCAGCUGGGGCAUUGGGUGUGGUCAGCCCGGAGUACCAGGAGUGUACGUCAGAGUGGCGCACUAUUUGGACUGGAUCAGACAAGUUACGCAGAGAUACUGAACGACGUACUCAUAGAAGGGUCCAGAAACUGCAAAUCUACAACGGUUUUUUGAGAUUUUAAGAAUUAUUUAUUAUGCCAGAAUUUAAAUUGUUCUGAUUUUAUUACAACUGGGACUCUUGCAUAUACUCUUAAUUUAUUUACAGGGUGAGUCAAUUUCUGGGGGUGAUUUCCCAUUAAAAAGAUACGCAACAAAAAAAAAAUGCGUUGUUUUAAACCUAGAUCAUAUAUUAUACUUACGCGGAUAAGUAAAUACUGUCGCAAACAUAUCAACGACCUACAUUUUUCUUCUUUUUUUGUUGCACAGGCGGUGCUUCUACUCUAUCUAUCC